AUGGGUGUAGAGGCAUCAUUUCCAGUAAAGCAUCGUUCUAUUAGGAAGAAACAGUUUGAUGAAACUGAUUAUAAUGAAGCAAAUUUGCAAGCUGAGAGGGCUUUUGAAGUUGAUUACUUUUUUGUUAUGGUUGAUAUGACAAUCACUUCAUUGAAAACUAGAUUUGAAGAACUUCAAGAAUUCAAAAGUAUAUUUGGGUUUUUAAUGAGUUCAACAAUCUUGAAGUCAUUGGAUGGUAUUGAACUAAAAGACCGUUGCACUAAAUUUACAGAAACUUUCUCUCUAAAGGGUUCAUCUGAUGUUGAGUUAAAUGAUCUAAUUUCUGAGUUAAGUGUUAUGCAGUUGACUUUACCAGAUAGACCAAUGUCUGCCAUGGAGAUUUUUGAGUUUGUCAGAAAUGCCGAUUGUUAUCCUAAUAUUUCUGUUGCUUAUCGGAUCUUAUUUACUGUACCAGUGACUGUAGCAUCUGCUGAAAGAAGCUUUUCAAAGUUAAAAUUAUGGAAGAACCAUGUGAGGUCUACAAUAUCACAAGAAAGAUUAAACGGUCUGGCAACUUUAUGCAUUAAGAAGAAAUUAUUGGAUGAGAUUGAUAUUGAUACAAUCAUCAAUGACAUUGCAUCUAGAAAUAUCCGAAGAAAUUUUUAA